AUGUCGGGAACAUCCAAUAAGAUGCUCAUGGAAGGCUUCGAAUGGCACAGCUCGCACAAUCACUACGAAAGCUUAACCCGGCUACUGCCUCUGCUUUCUCACUUUGGUGUGACCUCGCUAUGGCUCCCGCCUGGCUGCAAGGCGAUGAACCUGGACGGCAACGGAUACGAUAUCUACGAUCUGUGGGACCUUGGAGAGUUUGACCAACAAGGAAGACGAAGGACGAAAUGGGGCGACAUUGAGCAGUUGACCAGCCUUAUCAAGAAAGCUGCCGAAGUUCAGAUAGACAUCAUCUGGGACGCCGUACUCAAUCACAAAGCUGGUGCUGAAGCUACGGAGGAGGUUUGGGCUGUUGAAGUUGACGAGCAGGACCGGCGAGUGGAGAUCUGCCCGCCCAAGAAAAUCGAGGCCUGGCUGCGCUUCAGCUAUCCUGGGCGUCAGCAGGCUGACACGUCGCAUAGUAAGAUGCAGUGGCGUGCUGAACACUUCAAUGGGACGGACUACGAGCACCGGGAGCACAAGAAGGCCAUUUUCAAACUCAUCGAUCCGCCUGGACCUGACACCUUGACUCCUCCACGAGGGCUAUUCCAAAAGAUUCGACAGAGCGCGAAAAAGCGUCCUGGAGCCACUAUUCCAAGCAGGUCUACUAAGAUCGCACCACCAAGACGACCAGGUAAAGGUUGGUCAGAGGAUGCGGAUGAUCUGGACGGCAAUGACGACUUUCUGAUGUUCAGUAACAUCGACUACACACAUCCCGAAGUCAGGAGAGAUGUCCUCAACUGGGGCACAUGGAUGAUUGAUUCCAUUGGAGUCGACGGCUUCAGGCUAGACGGCGCCCGACACAUUUCCUACUCCUUUAUGCGCGAGUGGAUAGGUUCGAUCGGCAAGGCCCAGCGAGAGAAGACUGGCAAGGAGGCCUUUGUCGUUGCAGAAUUCUGGACUGGAGAAGUACAGCGAAUCACGAAGUGGCUAGACGCGGUGAAGCAGCCUUCUGGUGGUCCGCGGGUGUACGCGUUCGAUGCGCCGCUGUUCUACAACUUCGCGAACUUGUCAGACGCCAUCUCCAAAGCUAGUCACCCUAAGAGCACGCCCAACCGCUCCCCGUUGGUACGGCCAGCAGCCAUUGAAACCCCAGACCUUCGGACACUUCUUCGCAACAGCCUCCUCGCAGCACGACCAGAUCAGACAGCAACGCUAAUCACGAACCAUGAUACGCAGCCUGGACAGGCGUUAGCUACACCGAUCGACUCGAGACUCAAGUUGCUAUUCUACGCUUUCAUCCUCCUGCGAAAAGAUGGACUGCCGUGCUUGUUCUGGGGUGACCUCUUCGGGACGCAGGGUCCUCUCUCUGAAUCUCCUGUAGGAGUCUCACGUGAGGCUUUCAACGUAGAAGGCACCGCCAGGAGAAGUCUUCUGGCAGAGUUGAUGAUGUGCCGGAAGCUGUUCGCUUUUGGGCCGCAACAAGACUACUGGACCUCACCGAGCUGCAUCGGAUGGACACGUGCCGGCGACAGCUCGCACCCAGGUUGUGUGGUGGUACUCAGCAUUCAGCCAAGGGUAGUCAACACCAUCCAGAUGCAGAUUGGUAAGCCCGGAGAGCGCUGGUUUGAUGUCUUAGGCUACGCCCCGGAAGACGUCUUAAUCGACAGAAAAGGCUCCGGCUUGUUCUCUGCGCACGGUCCUGGCAUCAGCGUCUUCGUGAGGAGAGAUUCACCUGGAGCCGACAAGUUUCCUGUCCUGCUGGACUUUGGCCUACUGGACGGAUGA